AUGUCCGACCAACCCAACGAACCCCACCAAACCCACAACAUCAACCCCCCAGCCCUCCAAACCUUCAUCAAACAAAUCCUCAUCGCAAACAACACCCCCCCACCGCACGCCGAAAUAAUCUCCAAAUGCCUCCUAUCCGCCGACCUCCGCGGCGUAGACACACACGGCAGCAACCGCAUCCCAUCCUACAUAGAACGAAUCCGGCAGAAAGCCCUAGACCCAACCGCAACACCCACAAUCCAGCAAAUAACACCAGCAGCAGCGCAAGUAGACGCGCACAACGGCUUCGGCUUCGUCGCCGCGCACGAAGGAAUGAAACUCGCCAUCUCAAUGGCGCAGACCUUCGGCAUCGGAAUGGUCUCCGUCAAGCACUCGAACCACUUCGGCAUGUCUGCGUGGCUGGUGCAGCAAGCGCUGGACGCGGACAUGAUGUCGCUCGUGUUUACGAAUAGCUCGCCCGCGCUGCCGGUGUGGGGUGGGCGGGAGAAGCUGAUGGGUGUGUCGCCGAUUGCGUGUGGGGCGCCGGCGGGGCAGGGCAACAGACCGUUUAUACUAGAUAUGGCGCCUUCGGUUGCGGCGCGGGGGAAGGUUUAUAAGGCGUUGCGGCGGGGGGAGAGGAUUCCGACGGAUUGGGCGCUGGAUAAGGAUGGGGCUAGGACGGAUGAUCCGGCGGAGGCUUUGGGGGGUGUUAUGUUGCCGAUGGGGGGGCCGAAGGGGUCGGCGCUGGCGGUUAUGAUGGAUGUUUUCUCCGGGGUGCUUUCUGGGUCGGCUUUUGCGGGUCAUGUUACUAACCCGUAUGACCCGUCGAGGCCGGCUGAUGUGGGGCAUUUUUUGGUGGCUGUUAAGCCGGAUUUGUUUAUGACUAUUGAGGAGUUUAAGGGGAGGAUGGAUUAUCUUUAUCGGCGGGUUGUUGGGUCGGAGAGGAUGGAUGGUGUGGAUCGGAUUUACUUCCCUGGGGAGAUUGAGAUGAUUACUGAGGAGAAACGGUUGGCGGAGGGUAUUCCUUUUACUACGGCUGAGAUUGAGAGCUUGAAUAGGGAGGCUGAUCUGGUGAAGGUUGAGCGGUUGAAAGUACCUACCCUGGAAUAG